GUUUAACCUACUUCAACUAAUUUAUAAAUAGUCCCUCCCUUUUUAUUCGAAUUCUCUCAGCCCUAGCGCCUCCCACACUUCCUCAGUCUCUCUCUCUCUGAGCCCUAGCGCCCCCACAGUUCCUCAGUCUCUCUUUCUCUCUGCCUAGCUCUCUCUCUCUGAGCCCUAGCUCUUCGUCUCAUUAUCCAUGGAGUUCUGGGGUGUUGAAGUCAAACCUGGUCAGCCCCUUGAAGUGAAUCCUGAUUUUACCAAGAUCAUACAUCUUUCUCAGGCUGCAUUGGGUGAAUCUAAGGACAAAGGGAAGGAAUCUAUCCCCCUUUUUGUAAAGAUUGGUGAUAAGAAGCUUGUUUUGGGAACACUAUCCCCUGAAGUUUGCCCUCAGCUAGCUUUUGAUAUCGUGUUUGAGCAAAAGUUUGAACUCUCUCAUAACUGGAAAAAAGGGAGUGUUUACUUUUUAGGUUAUGAAGCUGAUGUUCCGGCUGGGAGCGACUAUUCUGACUCCGAGUCUGAUCCUGAAGAGGAAGUUCCAUUGCUGUCUGAGAAUGGAAAUUUAGAGCUAAAAGUUGAGGCUACAAAGGCUGAUAUGACUAAGGCUAAUGCAGCUAAACCCGAAUCUUCUGAAAAGCCAAAGGUGAAAAUUGUAGACCCUAAAGAAAGAAAGUCCAAAAAAGAUGAAAGUGACGAGGACGACACGAGUGAUGAUUUAGAUGAGGACUCUGAGUCUGAUGAAUCUGAUGAUGAGGAAAUGGUUGAUGGUGAGGAUAGUUCUGAUGACAACGAGGAUGAUGAUGAGGAUGAGGAUGAAGAUGAAGAUGAAGAGCCGCCGAAGAAGGCUGGACCAAGCAAGAAGAGGUCGUCUGACUCUGCCGUAAAAACACCUGUUCCAGAUAAGAAGGCCAAAUUGGUUUCACCUCAGAAGACAGGUGGUAAGAAGGGUGCUCAUACAGUAACUCCCCAUCCUUCAAAGCAAGCUGCAAAGACUCCUGUCACCAAUGACAAGGCGAAGCCUCAAACACCGAAGUCCAGUGGCCAAGUGUCCUGCAAAUCCUGUAGCAACAGGACAUUCAACUCAGAGGGAGCUCUGCAGAGUCAUUCCAAGGCUAAGCACGGUGGCAAAUAGAUUACAGACGUGCUUGUGGUUGCUGCGGUUGUGUUGACCUGGCAUUUUUUGUGGUAAUUUAUACGGAGAGAGCUAUGAGUUCAGAGAGCUGAGUUUGAUUUAACGUUUUGGUUAGUUUUUGCAUAGGGAAGAGGGCGGCAUAUGGUAGUAGGCAUGAACUUGGUUUUACUACUUUUGGUUAAUGAUUCAGAGUUGGUUGGAUUGUGGUGCAUCUAUUGUUUACUGCAAUCUUGGUUGUGCUAUUAUAAUGUGUUUCUGAUAUUAUCAGUUUAAAUCUAUCAAAUUAUUGUUAGUA